CGCCAAUCAUUUCCGCCCGCACGGUGGACGUCUCGGCCCUGUCGCGACUUUAACCUCCUCCCGGUUUGUCCUCAUCGCCCCGCGCCCCCCUCUUUAAAAUCCCCGGCCCUGCUCCCAGUCCCCGGCACCCCGCCGGCAGCAACCAGCCAGCGAUCGACCCAGACAGAGACAGAGGCACGGAGCACGGAGCGGAGCAGCAGCAGCUAGAGAGCAGCGGAGAUGGUGAAGAUUCCGAGCCCCAGGAGGCUGUUCAGGAGCCGGUCCAGGAGCACGGCCGGCAGCAGCGGCGGCGCGGACAUCUGCGCCAUGGUCGCCGAGCACGAGAAGAUCGAGUGGGAGGUGCGGCCCGGCGGGAUGCUGGUGCAGAAGCGGCGGACGCCCGAGGAGGACGCCGCGGCCGUGGAGUACAUCCUCGUCAGGGUCUCCACCGGCUGGCAGUGGCACGACGUCUCCAUCGACGCCACCGCGACCUUCGGCGACCUGAAGGUGAUGCUGUCGCUGGUGACCGGGCUGUGGCCCAGGGAGCAGAGGCUGCUGUACAGGGGCAAGGAGAGGGACGACUGCGAGCACCUGCACAUGGUGGGCGUCCAGGACAAGGACAAGGUGCUGCUCCUGGAAGACCCGGCCGUGAAGGAGAGGAAGCUCAGGUCAACCACCUUGGCGCAGCUCAUGGGGGUGCCCUGCCACUCCUUCAUCCAAGUGUAGUAGAGAGACCGUUCCCUGAUCAGUUUCUUGCCAGCUUUCUUUUUGUUUUCUUCUUUCUUUCAGUUUGUUUCGUGAGCGACCGAGCAAAGAUUUCAGCUCGGUCUAACUGCAAUGUUCAGAGCCUGCUGAGUUUGAGGGCUUGAAUUCGGCCAAUCGAAUCAAGCCAUAGGAUAUACUGUAAGACGAUAAACACAUCAUGUAAAUUACUGUGAACGGGUUUAUCCCACUGCCCCUGUCCGUGCUAAUUCUUUGCUUCUUACUCUGUGUACAUAUUCUACUGUUGGGAACAGCAAUACAGUUCAUAAUUUCACA